AUGGUGAACAACAAGGUCAGUACGCUUGUUAUGGAUGCGGAGAACGUCACAAACGCAGUGGUGUGCCCCCUUAAUGUCUCAUUUGGUUCUACAUCUCGUCAACUUCCGGUCUACGUUAUUCAAGGCUCUUACGAUUCCUUAUUUGGUCGUGAAUGGAUCGCACAAUUCAGUCACGAAAUUGAUUGGACCGAACUCUUUUCUCCAAUCAAGGUUAAUGUCCUUUCUACUCUUCCAUCUUCAUUAACUCGUGAUCAACAAGCACAGCUGGAUCAACUUUUGACAAGGUACGCUGAAGUUUUCAGUGAAACAGCUGGAAAGCUUACUGGACCUUCAGUUAAGGUACAUUUUAAACCUGGAACUUCUCCUGUUUUUGCUCGUGCUCAAGAUCAUAUGCGUUACGCGACAAAUAUUCUAAAGCAGUUGAUGCUAAACUUGCGUCUAGAUUUUACAAAAAAGUUGAUUUUUCCGAAUGAAUGUCCUAUUCCAAAACCUAGUGACAUUUUCAACAAAGUAAAAGGAGCCAAAAUUUACGUACAUCUUGAUAUUACAGAUGCUUAUACUCAUCUUCCUGCUGACGACGAGUACAGUCAUGCUUUAACUCUCAAUACUCAUACACAUGGGUUGGUUCGUCCUACACGAGCUGUUUACGGCGCAGCUAACGUUCCUGCAGUUUGGCAACGUCGAUUAAAAGAAAUCUUACAAGAUCUAAAAAACGUUGAAAAUUUUUUCGACGACAUCAUUGUAUGGGCUGAAAGUUUCGAAGAAUUGUUGAUUAUUCUGGAAACGCAAUUUUCUGGUCAUAAACUAGAUACACAAAUUCAUAAAUCUGAUUCUCACAUCAAGGCAAUUCGUGAUGCACCUAAACCUUCUACACCUAUCAAGAAUUAA